AUGGGAAAAGAUUAUUAUCAAAUUCUUCAAAUAACUCGAACUGCUAAAGAUAGUGAUAUUAAAUCAGCUUAUCGUCGAUUGACACUUAAACUUCAUCCACUUAAAAAGCUAGAUGAUCAUAAUGCAGUUUAUAAAUUUAAUGAUCUUGCUGAAGCAUAUGAUGUAUUAAAUGAUCAUAAAAGACGAGCUAUUUAUGAUCAAUAUGGUAGUGAAGGUUUAAAAAAUGGUGUACCAAUAGGAUCAGAACAUGAAUGGAGUGAAGGUUAUGUAUUUCAUGGAAAUGCUGAUAAGAUAUUUCAAGAUUUUUUUGGUGGUGAUAAUCCAUUUGCAGGUAGAACUAAAGAGAAAAUUCUACUAGAAAACGAGAAAACAAUUGAAUUUAUUUAUUUAGAAUUUUAUACAAGUGCUGAACAAGAUCGAACAUUAAGUUUUGGUGGAAUAGAUGGUCGUGGUCGAAUAAAAAAAGAUCCACCACUAAUACGUGAUCUUUUACUUUCACUUGAAGAUUGUUAUCAUGGUGCAAUAAAAAAAAUAAAAAUAAGUCGAAGAGUAUUAAAUGAUGAUGGUAUAACAUCAAGUAUUCGUGAAAAAAUUCUUUCAAUUACUGUUAAACGUGGUUUGUUGCCUGGUACAAAAAUAAUGUUUGAAGGUGAAGGUGAUCAAGGUCCAAAUAAUAUUCCGUCAGAUCUUAUUUUUACUGUUAAAGAUAAACCACAUCCUACUUUUCAUCGUUAUAAUAUAGAUCUUAUUUAUACAGCUAAAAUUAGUUUAGGACAUGCAUUAAUUGGUACUACAUUACAUAUUGAACAUCUUGAUGGACGAUUACUUGAUAUACCAAUUACUGAAAUUGUUAGACCUGGAUAUAAAAAACGCAUACCAGCUCAUGGUAUGCCAUUAAUGACAGAUCCAGAUAAGUAUGGAGAUUUAAUUAUUGAAUUUGAUGUUGUAUAUCCCUAUGGACUAAAUCCUGAUCAAAAAUUAUAUAUUAAAGAAGCAUUAAUAAAUGAUCAGAACAAUAAAAAGCAUCAACAACAUAAUCAUUUAAAAAAGAAACAUAUGACACAUGGAGAAUAA